CAGCCAUGAGCCUAUCCCGUUGUGGGUCAGCGCCAGCAUAAGGCGAAGAAGACGCCGCCGUUGACAACACGCGAAGCUUCUUUAUGUGAGAAUGGAGGAGGAUGAGAUGACGUUGAGCAAAGCGGAGCUCCGACAGUGGAUCAGAGCGAAAGUAAAGAAGAGCGGGCUGCUCCCCCCCGAUGUGCUGCAGAAAAUCCACGAGCUGCAGUCGCUGCUGGAGAGGAGACAGGCGAUGGACGCCAAUCUACUGAAGGUCCAAGAGUCUGUGACAUCGUGUGAAGCCAUCGUGAGGAAACAGUACUCGUUGCUGGGAUGGGAGUACAGAGACACAGAUUCUGAUGAUGACGAGAGCCGCGGUGCUGGUAGUGCUGUUACCGGCCCCACUCAUCUGUCACCAAAGCAACUGGGAAGUAAGAAGCGGCAAAGAAGCAGAAAGCGUUUUCAAAUGAUGGAACCAGUUGUGGUCUUGACCAGACUGCCUGAACAUCAGAUACGUGAUCUACGUCCACCAACAACUCCAAUGUCCACCAGUGAUCAUGACAGCUUGGACGAUGCAGAUUCUGAUGACCAUUGGGAACCAGAUAUAGAAUCCAGCGAUUCACAAUGUCCAAGUUAUAGCUCUGGGUCAAAAAAGAGGAGGAAAAUUGAUCACGUGUCUCAGAAAAAACGUGUGACAAGGCAUGAAAGGGACCAAGCUGAAACUAACACUGAUGCCGAUAGCAAUGCAGCAAAGACAUCUGAACCUCAAGCUAAGGAACAGAAGAAUACAGAACAUGAGCAAGAGGAGAAAAACCCAACCAAAGAAUCCUCGCCGCCGGUAAACACCAAAGUGACGGGAGUAAGCUCUGCGUGCGUAGUAACAGCUCGUAGCCAAUCUUCUGAGGACGCCACUAAGAACCCCCCCAGUGUUCCCCAAGCAGAGCUCCGUGUGAACAUGAAAGUCCUGGCGAGGAGGAGGACUAUGAUCUGGCAAGCUGGCAAACUCGCGGAAAUAAUAACAAAGGAAGAUGGGAGGGUGAAGUACAAGGUUAACUUUGAAGAGAAGGGGAAGAUCCUGGUGUCUGCUCACCACAUCGCCUCGGAACAAGUGCCCAGCAUUGAGCAGCUGAUUGUCGGCUCUCGUGUGGUCGUCAAGAGUAAAGUUGGCCAGAACUACUUCCCGGGAAUCCUGGCAGAGCUGCCAAGCAGGAAAAACAAAAUGAGGUUCCUGGUCUUUAUUGACGACCACACUCCGCUCUACGUUCCCUUACAUGGUAUUCGCCUAGUGUACCGACCAUUGAUCUACCCUCUGGACGAUAUUCCAGACAAGGCCCACAAGAAUUUCGUGGCGGGCUAUUUGAAAAGCUGGCCCAACCCGCUGCUGACCCACUAUCCGCAGGGAGAUAUCAUCGAAGCGGAACACAACGGAGCCCAGAAGACGUGUGAGGUGGUGACGGUCGACAGCAGCUUGAUCCAGGUCCUUUUUAAGGAAGAUCAACACAAGCAGUGGUUCUACCGAGGCUCCAUGCACUUGAAACACAUGAUUAAUAUGAGGAGGCAGUUGGAGUUGGAAAAGGUUACCAGUAAGCAAUCGACCUCAUCUGGCCAUAAAUUAACUUCUUCUUCUAAAACAAACUAGGCCGUAUUGGUCUCACGUGCUAAAGGUUUCUCACUGUCUGUAAUGGACGGAAACUGUCAAACAUGAAGUAUUAUUGUAUUUAAAUUGUGUUUUAUUGUGUGUGUUUGUGCCUUUAAUAAAAACGAAUUGUUGCAUUUUAUUUAAGUUAAUUAUAUUGUUUUAAUGUUAUGAGGAACGCAGCGGCUGUUUUACAAUGUACAUAAAAACUGUGGAAGCUUCUUUUCACACAGCUAUCAAUUUAACAUUGUGACCUGCUAAGUGAAAAAUGAUCUGCCAAAAUGUUGAGUUUCUUGUUUAUAAAGUAUUGAUAUACUAACUUUUUACAGACAAGCAAAAUUCUAGACAGCUAAGUGGAAAAGUUGAUCUAAACUUUGCAUCACGUAAAAAGUGUUGACAGAUCCUCCACUGUGUUUACAGUUGUUUUUUACUCUUUAUUUAAAUCUGCAUUGACUGUAUUUUUAUAUUUAUGUUUGAUUUGUUAUGAAAUCUUCAAACUGAGUUUCUUUCCUAUUGUUUUCCUUAUUUCAACUUGAAUCUCCACUGUAACGGUUGUGAAAUGUGCCAAAUAAACAGAGUAUUAUUAUUA